AUGGAAAUCUCAGAGACUGCCCCUCAAGCCUUGGAAAAAAAAGAUGAAGAAAUGAAAAUCCCAGAGAGUGUAGAAAAGGAUAAUCAUGAUAUGCAAACCAAAAAUAAGAAGGACACAUCUUCUUCUUCCUCUUCCUCCUCCUCCUCUUCAUCAACGUCUUCGGACAGCAGCAAUGAUGAGGAAAAACUCCCUGUGGCAACUAGAAAACCCAUUCGCUUUGAGGACAAUAGAGAAGAUGACAAUCAAGAUGAAAGUGAUGCUGAUCAAGAUGUACCAGUGACCCGGAAGGAUGAGCUUCAGCUCUAUGAAGGUAUGUCUGAAGAGGUCCUUCCCUACAAUGAACCAGAGAUCAGGAGCAGAGAAUCUGGAACUUCAGAUGUAGCAGAAAUUGAGGACUCUCAAUUAAGAAGACUGAACAUAAAGAAAGAUGAUGAAUUUUUUCAUUUUAUCCUUCUUUGCUUUGCCAUCGGGGCUCUAUUAGUCUGCUAUCACUACUAUGCAGACUGGAUCAUGUCUUUGGGUGUUGGUUUACUGACCUUUGCCUCUCUUGAGACCAUUGGAAUAUAUUUUGGCCUGGUAUAUCGGAUUCACAGUGUCCUCCGGGGCUUCAUCCCUCUGUUUCAGAAGUUAAAAUUGAUGGGUGUAAGAAAAAGUGAUUAA